AUGCUGCCAGGAAUAAACGUCCCCUUCUCCUUCGUCGCGAAGUCGCUCGGGGCCUCGGUGGACGAGGUCAAGCUGCUCUCUACCUUCCUAAUCUCCUAUCCUCUAGCGGCAGUCCUGAAACGCCUCCCCGACAACAAGCCAGCAUACCGAAACCUCUUCUCCGUCGGUAUAACCCUCUUCUUCCUCGUCGGCCUCUUCGACCACUGGGAUGGCAUAUGGACGCUCUCGAUCGACGCCGCCGCCACGUACGCGAUAGCAUACUAUAUCGACGGCUCUUUGAUGCCAUGGAUUGUAUUCUUCUUCCUUAUGGGCCACAUGUCGAUAAGCCACAUCGAGCGCCAGACCCUCAACGACCCAAGCGUGGUCGACAUAACAGGUGGACAAAUGGUCUUGAUCAUGAAACUACACGCAUUCAGCUGGAACGUACAUGACGGAAGGCUCAAAUCCGAUCUGCUGACCGACGCCCAGAAAGACCGCGCCAUCUACAAAAUGCCCGACUUCCUCGACUACGCAGGCUAUGUCUUUUUCUUCCCCUCGAUCUUCACAGGUCCAGCAUUCGACUACGUCGACUACCGCCGAUGGAUCGAGACGUCCAUGUUUGACGUAGGACCGAACCAGAAACCCGCGCCAACACGCAAGCAGCGUCGCAUCCCCCAGUCCGGCGUCCCAGCGACAUACAAAGCCGUGACAGGUCUGGUUUGGAUCUUCCUCUACCUCCAGUUCUCCGGAUGGUACAACGUAAGCCUGUUCCUAUCAGACAAGUACAUGGACUACUCAUUCCUCCGUCGCGUAUGGUUUUUAUACAUGCUCGGCUUCACCUCCCGGCUCAAGUACUACGCCGUCUGGGCCUUGACCGAAGGAGCCUGCAUCAUGGCUGGAAUAGGGUACAACGGCAUCGACCCAGCGACCGGCAAACCACGCUGGGACCGCCUUGAGAAUGUCAACGCGUGGGGCAUCGAAUCGGCCCAAAACUCGCGCGCAUACCUCGACAAUUGGAACAAAAACACCAACAAAUGGCUGCGCAACUACGUGUACCUGCGCGUCACACCCAAAGGCAAAAAGCCGGGCUUUCGCGCUACGCUGGCCACGUUCAUCACCUCAGCCGUCUGGCACGGCUUCUACCCAGGCUACUACCUGACGUUCGUGCUCGGCGCGUUCGUCCAGACCGUCGCGAAGAACUCUCGCCGGUACAUCCGCCCCUUCUUCCUCACGCCCGAUGGGACAAAGUCGACAAGUUACAAGAUCUACUACGACAUCGCCGGGUACAUCGCCACACAAUUGACCUUCUGCUUCGUCACGGCACCGUUCGUCCUCCUAGGCUUCUCGGACUCCCUAAAGGUCUGGGCGCGCGUCUACUUCUACGCCAUCAUCGAAGUCGCGAUUGCAAUGGCGUUCUUCGCAUCUCCUGCGAAAUUGUACCUAGCCAAGGCCAUCGACAAGCGUAAUCACCCUUACACGCGCAAGACCAUCGCCCAAGAGACGAACUACCCGCCCUCGCUCGGCCUGCCCAGCGACCCUGGUCGCGAGAUCGAUGAGGCAGUGGAGGAGCUUCGUCAGGAAGUCGACAUGCGAAGGAGGCGAGGCAGUGGCGUUACCAUGCCCACUGGAGAAAGUCUGAAGAGGGAACUUGAGGCGAGGUUGGGUCGCAGGAUCCAGUUCCCCGAGUUCAAGUUCGGUCAGCAGUUGGCCAAUGGUGGCGGUGCUUCUGGCCUGCCCAGGGGUGCUGAGCAAGGCAUUGAAAAGCGCAAAGUCGAGAAAGAGGAGGGUGGUGCGGGUCUGGCGUCGACCACGACCAGUGGCAUCGACAAGAAGACCAUAUAG